CGUUAUCGCAUAAAGACCAUACAAAUCGUACGAUCAUGGGCCACGUACGUUUACGUGUUGUAAACAUUCUAGCAGACGCCGAAUCGUUAUGCACUAGCUAGCUAGCUGAGCUGCAUGUGUAACUAGUCUAUGGGAAAAUUAAGCAUGCAGAUUGCCCAAGACAGGUAGCAGCAGUUUAUACAAUUUAGCAAUUAUCAGGAUUAGCCAAAGAUCUACAAAUUAAAGACUGAACAUGGCGCUUGAAGAGCUGAUGCGUGAACUCUUUCUGAAUCCAAUCAACCUUGGGCUCUUGUCGGUAUGUGGCUAUUUGCUUUAUAAAAUCGUCCGAGGUAACAGAACACCACCGGAGCCUCCACAGCCGCCCAGUCUGCCGAAGAUGAAAAGGAGAGAUUUCAAGGUGUCAGAACUCACAGAAUACGAUGGCAUAAAAAAUGAAGGGCGCAUCUUGGUUGCUGUGAAUGGAAAAGUUUUUGAUGUCUCAAGAGGGAGAAAGUUUUAUGGCCCAGAGGGUCCUUAUGGUGUUUUUGCUGGACACGAUGCAUCAAGAGCAUUAGCAACAUUCUCAUUGGAAAAGGAAACGUUGAAAGAUGAGUUUGAUGAUCUCACAGACCUCACCUCUGAACAGAUGGACAGUGUGAGAGAAUGGGAGAUGCAGUUUAUGGAAAAGUAUGACUACAUUGGAAAGCUUCUGAAGCCAGGUGAGGAGCCGACAGACUAUUCUGAUGAGGAAGAAUCAGAUAAAAAGGACAAUUAACAUUCUCAUCUGUUUGGAUUCAAGUAAUACACCUGCCAUUGUUCUUUAUAAUCUUCAUAU